ACCCCCCUUACGCCCACGCGAGAGGAUCAUGGGAUGCCGGCAGAGCUCCGAGGAGAAGGAGGCGGCCCGGCGGUCCCGGCGCAUCGACCGGCACCUCCGCUCGGAGAGCCAGCGGCAGCGCCGUGAGAUCAAGCUGCUCCUGCUCGGCACCAGCAACUCCGGCAAGAGCACCAUCGUCAAGCAGAUGAAGAUCAUCCACAGCGGCGGCUUCAACCUGGAGGCCUGCAAGGAGUACAAGCCGCUGAUCCUGUACAACGCCAUCGACUCGCUCACGCGCAUCAUCCGCGCCCUGGCCACGCUCAAGAUCGACUUCCACAACCCCGACCGCGCCUACGACGCCGUGCAGCUCUUCGCCCUGACGGGCCCCGCGGAGAGCAAGGGCGAGAUCACGCCGGAGCUGCAGGGCGUGAUGAAGAGGCUCUGGGCCGACUCGGGCGUGCAGGAGUGCUUCUGCCGCUCCAACGAGUACCACCUGGAGGACAACACGGCGUACUAUCUCAACGACCUGGACCGCAUCUCCGCCGCAGAGUACAUCCCGACCGUCGAGGACAUCCUGCGCUCCCGGGACAUGACCACGGGCAUCGUGGAGAACAAGUUCACCUUCAAGGAGCUCACCUUCAAGAUGGUGGACGUGGGCGGGCAGCGCUCCGAGCGCAAGAAGUGGAUCCACUGCUUCGAGGGCGUCACCGCCAUCAUCUUCUGCGUGGAGCUCAGCGGGUACGACCUCAAGCUCUACGAGGACAAUCAGACGAGCCGCAUGGCGGAAAGCUUGCGCCUGUUCGACUCCAUCUGCAACAAUAACUGGUUCGUGAACACGUCGCUCAUCCUCUUCCUCAACAAGAAGGACCUGCUGGCCGAGAAGAUCAAGCGGAUCCCGCUCACCGUCUGCUUCGCCGACUACAAGGGCCAGAACACGUACGAGGAGGCGGCGGUCUACAUCCAGCGCCAGUUCGAGGACCUGAACCGCAACAAGGAGACCAAGGAGAUCUACUCACACUUCACCUGUGCCACAGACACCAGUAACAUCCAGUUUGUCCGCAUGGCGGAAAGCUUGCGCCUGUUCGACUCCAUCUGCAACAAUAACUGGUUCGUGAACACGUCGCUCAUCCUCUUCCUCAACAAGAAGGACCUGCUGGCCGAGAAGAUCAAGCGGAUCCCGCUCACCGUCUGCUUCGCCGACUACAAGGGCCAGAACACGUACGAGGAGGCGGCGGUCUACAUCCAGCGCCAGUUCGAGGACCUGAACCGCAACAAGGAGACCAAGGAGAUCUACUCACACUUCACCUGUGCCACAGACACCAGUAACAUCCAGUUUGUGUUCGACGCCGUCACGGACGUCAUCAUCCAGAACAAUCUCAAGUACAUCGGGCUGUGCUAGGGCCGCGAGACCGGGCGUGGCCUCCCGCGCCCUGCUAGCCACGCCCCUCCCCGGGGGGGUCAGAGGUCAGAGAGACAGCUCUGUGAGCCGGGGGAGGGGCUUA